UAAAAUGUAGGUGUAUAUGUAUAUAUGCAUGCAUGCAUGUAUGUGUGUGUUUAUACACCCACACACACCCCCACACAAGGUUAUCUUUGCAGUCACUCUGCAGGGUGUGUUGUGUACAGUAAGUGUCACCAUGGCAACACAGUGAGUGGGCCUUUGACCCUCGGGAUUGAGGUGGAGCCAUAAUGAUAUCCAGUAGCGCUGCUGGGCGCCGGGCUUUAUGAUUUGUGAGCGCUGUGUGUCAGGGACUCUGUCUGUGGUUUUACUCUGGCUCAAAGGUAUUUCAGUUACUUGUAUGGCUUGUUGUGAACGUCUUUCUUUUAGAAUGCUGUGGACUAACAAGCACCAGUCUUGCUUAUGUUUUAGGCAGGGCAGACUGGCUGUAAGCAUCCCAUAAAACCCAUCGCCAUGACAACCUCAGCACCAAUCAGAUUCCGUGUCUUCUCUCUCAACUGCUGGGGGAUCCGAUACCUCAGUAAGAACUGCAAAGAGCGGUUUGUUCUGAUCGGAGACCUGCUGAGUCAGGAACAGCUUGAUGUAGCGUUAUUACAGGAGGUGUGGUGUGAGAAAGACUUUCUGUUUUUAAAGAAGAAGCUUAACAGCAUCUAUCCAUACUCCCAUUAUUUUAAAAGUGGAUUUAUAGGGAGCGGACUGGCCGUGUUUUCCAGACAUCGAAUCCAUGAUGCCUUUCUAUACAGAUACUCAUUAAAUGGAUAUCCAUAUAUGGCUCAACAUGGCGACUGGUUUGGUGGUAAAGCCGUCGGGAAGGUCUUGCUCAACAUCAGUGGGCUGACGGUUCAUAUAUUUGUCACUCAUCUGCAUGCAGAAUAUUGCAGAGAGAAAGACUCGUAUCUGCCACACCGAGUGGUUCAAGCCUGGGAGCUGCAACAGUUCAUAAGGCACACUAGUGCUGGAGCGGACGUGGUGAUCCUGGGUGGAGAUCUGAACAUGCACCCGGACGACCUCGGCACCAGACUGCUGAGAAACUACACAGGACUUCAGGACAGCUUCAGUGAGACCGCUCACUUUGAUGGAUGUGAGGAGGGACACACUCAUAUAUCUGAAAACCCAUUCACAAACACAGAUGGGCUUGUUCCAUUUGGAGGAGGAGUCCGGAUAGACUACAUCCUGUUCAAGGGAUCAGGGGAAGUGGAUGUGAGCUGUGAGUCUUUGUCCACCACUAAGGGCCCUGUUCCUGGACAUCCCUUCCCUUACUCUGACCACGAGGCUCUCACGGCCAAGUUCCUGUUUACACCGACUACAAAGGGAAAUGGGUACUCAGAGAGACAAUCUGGCUGUGUUUCAGAUAAGCUUCCUGAGCUGGUCAACACAGUCAAUGAAGCUCGUACUGAAGUAAAGGUGGGUCUCCACUGCGCUGAGCGCAUGCGCCACACAGCAGCGCGUACAGGCAUUAUGGGUCUUGUCCUGUUAGUGCUUGAGCUAGCAAUCGCCACUAUCCCAUUGUUUGCUCUGGGAACUGAACAGCCCUUUCCCAAAGCCUCUUUCUACCUGCUGGGGGCGCUGUGCUUUGCCGUCCUCCUCUCCACACUGAUGCUGUACGUCUUCUACAGCAUGGAGGUGAAGGCACUGCAAGGCACUGAGGACCAGAUGAGACUGGCACUAAGUAGCUUUCAAGAACAGCUUAAGGAGUCCCCCAAGGUUUUAUCCUCGGACCAUUUGCGAAAGCCACUAGACAGCAAGGAUUCCGUUCAUUUUUAGCCAGACAGUUAAACCAAGUGUGACAUUUGAAUGGAAUUAGAACUUUUUAUAAUUAUAACCACUGGUGGUGGUUGAGGAGAUUCCCCCCUUCUAUGUAAAGUGCUUUGAGUGCCCAGAAAAGUGCUAUAUAAAUGUAAGGAAUUAUGAAAAUCACUAUUUUAUUAUGUCUUAACUGAACACUCACCUGGUUUUAUUACCUAUGCAGCUUUUUCACAUCGAUAUUGAGGAUACUUAUACCUGGGAGCAAAGAAACCAGAAAAUUAGACAAUAAGUUUGUAAAAUCAUUACUUGCAUGACAGAUCUACUUCACUUUCUCUAAUUAAAAUAAUAUAAAUAUGGUUAAUAUACACAUUAACAUUGUUAUUACUAAUAUUAAUAAUUAUUCAUUAAAAUCUUGCUAAUUUUCUUUGCUAACGUUUGUAAAUGGAGACCUGCUGGGCAGGUGUUUCUGUCCUUUAUUUGUUAAAUGUUUCCAAUCAUGAGUUUGUGAUGUUUUGUGCAUCCAUUGUGAACUGGAUGGCUAACAGUUAAGGUUAUGUCCAUGAUAAGACCGUUUUGGGAAACCAGAACCAUCUUCAGUUAUUUUCACUUACUGUUUGAGAAAGUCAAGCGGAGAAGAAUAAAACCAUACAGUGUACUGUAACUACUAUCAGAUUGUUUGGUCAAACCACUCCAAUACUGUGUAUCUUCCUUUUGUUCAACCUCAUGUCUCUCUAAUGUAACAGUUUAUUACAUAACUGUACCUUUUAUAAAAAGAAUAAACAAUGCAUAUCAAUUUUUCAACAA